UCAGUGGGAGUCUGUGGAGACCACCAUAGAACUGUGCCACUUGCCUGCACCUUGUCUAAUUAGAUAGUGGGACCGGCCUGUGAGAGGUCCAUAUCUCAGGAGAAGGCUAGAAAGAGAAUGGGCCAGGCCUGGGCCUGGAAUGAGCCACCAGAGUGGGUAUAGCUUGCCCAAUGGCCUCUAGGGACAGCAGGUGCUAUGGAAGCAAGAGCCCCACUCAGUGUCUCCCGAGCCCCGCCCCAGCCACUCCAGGCCAGGAAGUCCAAAUAUGCUUGGAGGCCCCUCAAAAGGAGAGGCUUAACCAGAGGCUGGGUCAGACUGCCCAGGCAGGGCGGGAGAGGGCCUCAAAGAAGCCAGCAGGUGGGCUGCCAGUUCUAGGAAGGGCUCAUUAAUGAAAACCCCCAAGCCUGACAACCUGGGGGAAAGGCUCACUGGCCCCAAGUGUAGCUGAUAAGGGCCAGGAGAUUCCACAACUCAGGUAGUUCCCCCGCCCCCCUGGAGUUCUGUGGUCACCAUUAAUCAUUUCCUCUAACUGUGUAUAUAAGAGCUCUUUUGCAGUGAGCCCAGUAUUCAGAGAGAAAGGCUAAGGUCCUAAGGAGGAUGUGGCUGCAGAGUUUACUUUUCCUGAGCAUUGUGGUCUGCAGCUUCUCAGCACCCACCCGUUCACCAGUCCCCGUCACCCGGCCUUGGAAGCACGUAGAUGCCAUCAUAGAAGCCCUGAGCCUCCUGAAUGAGAUGCCUGUCACGGUGACUGAAAACGUAGGCGUCGUCUCUAAUGAAUUCUCCAUCCAGAACCCAACAUGUGUACAGACCCGUCUGGAUCUAUAUAAGCAGGGCCUACGAGGCAACUUCACCAGACUCGAGGGUGACUUGACAGUGAUAGCCAGCCACUACAAGAAGAACUGCCCCCCAACCCCGGAAACUAACUGUGAGAGUCAAGUCAUCACUUAUGAGGAGUUCAUAGAGAACCUUAAAGGCUUUCUGAUGGUCAUUCCCUUUGACUGCUGGAAGUCAGUCCAGAAAUGAGGCAGCUUAAACCAGAUCCGGAUCCAACUUCUCACAUUGCUGCUUUUG